UUACUUAUCUUUUAUAUUUAUCACUUAUAGUUAAAAAUAUAUAUUUACAAACGAGUUGCGCUAUUAAAUAACCGUUACUCGUACUAGGAGACAGAACCAGGAAAACCAGUUAUUUCUGGACACGUGGGUGAUUGUUUAAGUGGUCUUGGAUCUCAGUCUUGUCGACCGGUGGUUGUUUAUCAUCAACAACCCGCAAGAGAUGUGACAAGAAUUGCUAAGAGUUAACGCGAGUCGUACGGGCUACAACGAUUCAUGUUCUGUUGUUCUAGACUGACGAGGCUGGGAGAGAGGAUGGUUAGUAUGAACUCGACAUUAGUAGAAACUGUUAGCAUCAACUACGAAGACUUUAAUGAGAGUUUUUUGACGUGCGGGACUUGCUUAUGUAUGUACGAUGGCCAAGAACACACUCCAAAACUGCUUCAAUGCUCUCACACCGUUUGCUUGCACUGUUUAACUAGGAUAGCAGCCUCCCAGACGCGAGACACGGGCACAUUCCGAUGUCCGAUAUGUCGAGAAUUAAUUCAUAUCCCUCGUGGAGGAGUAUCAGCUCUUCCACCAUCGUUUUUAGUUAAUCAACUUUUGGAUCUAAUGUCGAGACAAAGAAGGGAGGUCAUACCAAAAUGUUCCGUACAUAUAAAUCAAGAAUUGUUAUUUUGUGAAACUUGUGAUACUGUGUUUUGUACACUCUGUACCGGAGGGUCCCAUAAUGAUGCUACCACCAGCUGCGAACAUACCAUCAUACCGUUUUCUAUAGCUAUCAAAAGAAUGUCUGAAAUUCUGUUGUAUAAAGCCAAUGAGUGUAUUUCUAAGUUGUCUCAAGCUCAAGAAGGUGUUAGUGCAGAAUUGAGAAGGCUCGAAACGGCCAAAGACACCUGUUUAGACAAAAUCAAUGAAACAUUCCAACAGAUACAGACACUAAUGGAUCAAAGGAAGCAAGAAGUCAUUGAUAGUGUAACGGCUAUUUGUACUGAAAAGAAACGUGUCUUAGAAGAACAGCAUACUUUAAUAGAAAAUGAAAAAAAUAAGGUAGAGCAGGAAUGUCAAGGUCUCCAAUAUCAAGUAGAAGUAAGAAAUAUAACGCAACGAAUUGAAAUCCUAUCAGAAAAAUUAGAUUCUACUGUAGCUUUAAGCGAACCGCGUGAAAACGCUUUUCUUACCUGCGAUUUCGAUCUUAACGACAGUUUCGAACAAAUUCAGCAACAUUUGAGCGUUCUGGGGAAAGUUCGAACUAGUACCACUUUUCCUAGACUUUGUACUGCUAAAUUGGAAGGAAAUACUAUAGCUGGUAUAGAAAAUUAUGUUACGCUCAUUACCGUAGAUUAUCACGGAAAUGAAAGGAAGAACGGAGGGGAUCCCGUUGAAGCUGAAUUACUCAUGGCAACUGCCGAAGAAAGUAUAAAUCCAUCAUCUUCAGACGAAACUUACCCUGUAAGAGUGGAAGAUUGUGAUGACGGUACUUACAAAUUGUACUUCAGGGCACCAAAGUCUGGUAGAUAUGGUAUCAAAAUAUCUGUGAUAAAUCGUCCUAUAAAGGAUAAUCCGCUUUAUUUCGAUGUAAGCGAUCACAACAAUCCUGUAUGUAUAUACGGUUCAAGAGGUAGUGGUAAAGAUGAGUUUAUGCAACCUGUAGCAGUAGCAAUCGAUGAGAAAGAUCAAAUUGUUUAUGUCUUGGAUACUGGUAAUUCAAGGAUCAAAGUUUUGAAUGAUAAGCUGGAAUUUAUGAAGCAUGUCACUAAUGAAGGUUUAUUAGGAAGAAGUUGUACAGGCAUUGAUAUAUCUAAUGAUGGUCUUAUAGUAAUAAACUGGAGAACGAAAUUCAUAACUGAAAUGACAACAGACGGUGAAACUAUAAAAUCUUUCACUUACAAUGCUUUUCAAGAACCUAUAGAUAUAGCAGUGGAUAAAAACUAUGGUCAUAUUCUUAUAGCGGAUAAUGGAAUGAAUUGUGUUUACGUAUUCGAUGGGGAAGGCAAAAUAUUAUUUCAGGUUGGAAAGAAAGGCACAUUCAAUUUAAUCUCCUCAGUAGCAGUUGGUCCAUUGGGUGAAAUAGUUGUGGCUGAUUCGAGGGUACAAAUGUUUUCAGCUAAAGGAGAUUUUAUGGAAGUUAUUUAUGAUGAAGGGAAAGGUAAAGGUAGAUAUGGUGGUAUUUCCAUAGACUGUGACAACAAGGUGCUUCUGACAAGAACGGAACAAAAAGGCCGCACUUAUGUUCAACUUCUCUCACUAACUGAAAACAAUAUAAAUCAUUUAAUCGAUUCUCAUGACGCCAAACUCAAAAGACCUAGUGGAGUAGCAGUUACAAAUGAUCAUCAUGUCAUUGUUAUAGAUUUGGGCAAUAAUUGUGUGAAAAAGUAUAGGUAUUGGUAGUCGUUACAUCAACUACAUGUUUUUGACAAUUGUCGUUAGAAGAUUGGUUUUGAGAAUUUUUGAUAAUGCGAGGUAUUUAAUUAACAUAUGUCAACUGUUGGUUUUUGGAGGAUUGUCAGAAGUGAAAGAUUUGACUUGUGUUACUGUAAGGAUAAUUAUAUACUUAUAUUUGUACCUUUGCAUCUUGACAUACUACAUUAUGGUAUUAAUAGAAGAUAAAUUUUAAAAUUGUUAGGUUCCUGUGUUAAUAAAUGAUCAUUUUCUCCACAUUUUUCAAUGGAAAAGGUAUUAAUAACUCUAGAUUGUAGUAUGUCGAAAGUUGCUCGCGCACAAUUUUAUCAUUCUAUUGGUACAUGUGUAUCAGGCUUAGUUUAUCUGUGAUUUAUUCGAAAUUAUCGUUCAGAUUGAUCUAAACGGACCAUAUUAACUAUACAGGAUAUCUAGAAACCUUUAUGUCAAACUAUAGAUACUAGAUGUGAUUCUUUGUUCAUCUAAACUACUAAACCAUCUUUAAGCAAAAGCUCUUCCCAAAGGAGGUAGUGUCUUUCAAUGAUUACACAGACAAAUUACUUCAUUUUAAACAUAAAUAAUACAGAUAAAUAUUUGGAUUUUCGUUAGCAACCCUCAAAAGUCUCUGAAGAACUGUAUUUAAGGUAGUACUGAAGAAUUUGCAAUCAGAAUUUAAUGAAACUUGGAAUAUUAGUAUAUUAUUAUAAGAUAAUCAACCAGUUAAAUUUUCAGAGGUCUACAGGGAACUCAAAAAAGAUAUUAACAUUAAAUUUUUUUUCUAUUUCCAUUGAUGCUUAUGGGACGUCCAAGUUUAUUCUUUAUUUCAUUUGAAACUUCAAAGCUUAUAAUAAGAAUAAUUAGUGAAUAAUUGAGAAAAAUGUACCAUGUUACUUAUAUGUGGCAACGCUGCGGACAAGAUUAUGACGCUCGCGAAAUUUGAAAGUGAAAGAACGCGGUAUGUGGGGAUAUUAGUGUUAAACAUCUCUUUAGAUAGAUAACACUCUUAGUCAUAUAAGUAUCUUGUUGGUCAUAUUUUCUCUAAAUCUAAAAGAAACCUGAGUGCUUUGAGAAAGGUAGUGUUGAGUUUGUUUUUUAAACCACUACCUAAAAAUUUCUUGUAUAAAUCUUGUAUAAACCUGUUAUGAUGAAUUGUUGAUUACAAUCCAGAAUUUCUAAUUUACUUAAAUUAUGAAUGUUAGUGUCGGCAAUAAAAAAACGCGGGUUUAUAAUCAACAAAUUAUUACUGCAGGAUUAUACAAUUGUACGAGGUACCAAGUUUUUUUCUAUCCUUAAAUAACUGGCUUAACAACCUCAUCUUCAAAUAACGCUAACUUGUAUGAAAGUUUUGGUUAACGCAGAAAUAAGUUUGGAUGGACAUAAAAUCAUAUCUAGUAUCUGCAAUUUGCGUUUGGCAGGAGAGAUUCUGUAUUUGCGCAAUUGAUAUAGAAAUAGCACUGCAAAUAUAUCUUUUGUGAACCUUCUCAAAGCUUAUGACGUUUUCUCAUACUAGAUAAUAAAGCAGUUUCACCAUAGGAUAAUAUCUUGAUUCUCAAAAUAUUUACAUUAAAUACAUAGCAAGGCAGAAUAGGAAAUAUUGUUUCAUUUUAGGAUUUUAGCUUCAAAGUUUUGAAAAUUACAAAUAUUUUAUAACUAAAUUUGACCAGUGAAUUUUAAGAAAUAAUAACAUUAUAUAUACACAAAAAUAGUCAAAUAUUAUUCGGAUUAAGGUUUUUUAUCAGAUCUCUCUUAACUACAUUUUCCAACAAAAUUGACGCACAAUUUUUAUUUUUUAAUCUUAAAAUAUCGCGUAAUCACUUUUAUCAAAAAUUAAAUUAGAAUGAAGGUAAAAUUAAAAUUUCACCAAUAUCAAACUGGAUUUGAUUUUUUUAUUUAAUUCCCAAUUGUAGGGCAUGGAGGGAUCUUAACUAAAACUAGGGUAAAACCUUUAAAAAUAAUAAAAAGGGGAAAGGGGUGAGUUUAUAAGGGCAAAAACGAUUUGUUCCGAGUUCCGACAAAACUACAAGAUCUAUAUCAUUGAAAUCUGUAUUUGCUGAUGGUAUAAAACAAUAUUGCCAUCACUAUGGUAAAGUUUCUCAGAAAAGACAAAGAAACUGAAAAAAUUUGCAUUCGAAAUUUUUUUUAAUAAUUAUAUACAAUUUUUACAUAUUUAUUAAAAUAUUCAACUCUAAUUACUUAUGUUUUUAUCAAUAUUACAUGGAAUCUUAGAUUUUUCGUUUAAUUAGUGUGUAAAAUUUUAAUAAAUUAUAAAAUUGAAAAUUUUCAGAUGCGAUUUUUUUCUUUUUUUGCCUCUUAUGAGAAAAUUUACCAUGGUGUUGGUAAUAUUUUUUUACAUCAUCAGAAAGUAGAGAUUACAACGAAUAAAAAACUCGCCGACUUUCCGACUUUUUAAAAAAACCUGAUAUUUUGAGGGGUGAAUUUUAAUUGAAAAUUAGGGUGCUUUUUAGAUAUUAAGUCAAAAUAAUGUUGAAAAAUAUAUAUUUCAAAUCAAAUAAAUUACACUAGUAUUUGGGGACAUGAAAGGUUAGUUUUCACCACAUUUUCUGUGAAAAAAGUUUUUUUGCAAAAGAUGAAAAUCAAUACUGAAAACUUUGUUUUUUAAAUUCUUCACAUAAAUUUUGAGGUUAUUUGAAAAAUGUAUUGAAACAAAAGUUAUAGAUCUUUUUAUUAGUUACAACUUUGCUAUUAAACUUUUUCUAUAGUUUUUGUAGUUUUGCUGGAAAUCGAGAUAAACCGGUUUUUACCCUCAAAAACUCACCCCCAUCCUCUUCCCGAUCUGAAUUCGCCUGUAAAUUAUUUUUUUCCUUUCAUUUUUAUAAUAUUCUUUUCAAAUGGCUUUACUACUACUACUUUACUAUUUUUAUUUGUUUCAAAACUUUUCAACCCUGGUCUUUAUAGUUUAAUAUAUUAAUUACCGCUUGACAGGGUCCAGGCAUACUUAUAACCUCAUCUCUCAUUCCAUUUUAAUCAAGAGCAUUCCAUAUUUGAUCAAGUUUGAGAGACAGCAUAUGUAAAUUGUAAGCCAGAACUACUAAAGCUCAUACUAUUAAUUACAUCCCACAGAUGCACUAUUGGAUUGAAAAUUGUUGGGAUUCCGAAGUUAAUUUUGGACAAAUUCUUGUGAUAUGCAUUCAAGCAUUAUCAUGCAUCAAGAUUAUUGUUUUUUUUUACGAAAAUGAGUGUGAAGGGCACGUCUUGUGGUUCUAAUAAAUCAACAAUGUGUGUGUGAACCUGACAAUCUCUUUCAAUCGCCAAGUUAUGUCCUUCUGAUCUUCUAUUUCUUCUUGUCUUUUGAAACCUUGAUUCUCUACAUCUAAAUAAAUCUAAUCUAUGCCACAUACACUUUUGAUAAGCCUUUUCCGUUUAACGCCAUCUGAGACAAAAUGAUUUUUAAAUAAACCAUUUCUUAUUUUAUAACUUUGUAUUUCAAGUAUAAAUUUUCGGCAGCAACAAAAGUAGGAAUUAUAAGCUGACAGAUGUUAGCCAUUAUUAUUAUGCUGAGAACAUUGUGUCACACUGGGUAUACAGAUAGAAAGGUUUGAACUUCGACUUUCAAAUAACGUUACGUUCAUAAAUACUAGUUUUAAUAAAAGAAAUUACUAGUGUAAAUAAAGCUCCUUCUUUCAAAUUCAAAUCAAAAUCGAAAUCAGGAGAUUUCUGUUGAAGGACCGAUGUUUCGUCCUCCCAAAUUUUUCCAAAAACCUACAAUCGUAUUUUAGGUGAGAUUUGUUGGGAAGAGUUCAAAUGAAACAAAUAUUUUUGCAUUUAUUGGCAAAUAGCUAAGUGUUGAAAAAAAAUCUUAUGCUAUUUAAUUAUUAUUUAAUUAAUUAUAUUUAAUCUUCUUAUAUAUAAGGCAACACUUAGCCAAAAAACUAACUAUGUGUUACUUUUGUUGGAGAAUUUAUUUCUCAAAAAUUAUUUCGAAUCUUUUUUGUCUAAUACAAAGUUGUAAUCAGAUCUAAAGUAGUUGAGAAAAAUUGUUUUGGCAGAAAAUUCAUCUCUUUAUAUCUUUACUUAUUCCCAUUUAACCAUUUUUAAUACAGAAUUUCAGUGAAAAUGAGUUAACCACUGGGCUUUUAAUUGAAAAACUCGCAAUUUUUUUAUACAAAUGUAUCGUUUCUCAACCCAACUUAAAUAAGACUUAUCAUCACAUACUCUAUAUAAACUCUACAAAUGCAUAGCGAGAACCAACAUGUUAACAAAAUGAUAGAUGAAUAUUUGAAUUUAAUAAUACAACACAACAAAAAUCAUCAACAUUACAACUUAAUGAAAUAUUCUUACAGUGUUUUAUUAGGUGUUUUGGAAGCAUGUUAUAGUUGAUAUAUAUAAAAAGAGCAACUUUGGUUUCCCUAUUUUUUUCACAUUCGAAUAAGUAAUAAUGAAUACAUGGACAAAAUUGUGAGUAUGUUAGCAGAUGCUUGUCUGAAAACCUCUACUAUUUGUUCAGGUGUUAUAAACUACUAUUGUUGAUUUUAAUUCAAAAUUGGUACAAUGUUCUUAAUCUGUCUUUAUAAGAUAUGUAAAGUCUUUAUUUUAAAUGAUCUUUUUAAGAUUAGACUGUAUUUUAUCUGAUCUUUCAAUCAAAUCGAAUGUUCUAUUUAAUAUACUAAGUUUAAUAUAGUAUUAUUUUAUAGGCCAUUUUUAUGAUAAUUAUAUUUAAGUACUUAUGUAUUUUUUGUAUUUUCCAUUUUCUUAUUAAAUUUGGUGUGAAAUUUAAGUUCAGUAUGAAGGAUUGUAAAGUGAAAAUCGUAAAAAAUAUACUGCUGUUAUUGUAUCUAUCUAGUCAUUAAUUUGUAUUUUUGUAAAGUAUUUAUUGUAAAUAUACACCUUUUAAAAUCA